AUGCUUAAAUUGUACUGUUGUGAUCAUGAAAUAGAAUGCUGUUCAUUGUGUGUAUCAGUGUAUCAUAGGAGAUGUGCUACUGUUAAAACAAUAGAGAUUGCUGCAAAAGAUAUUUGUCAAUCAGACUUACCAAAGAAUAUAAAAGAAACCUUAGUAUGCAGUAAACAGAAACUCAAAAUAUUAAGAGAAAGGUACAUUGAGGAUUCCAAAAAGUUUGAAGAUCAAGUUCUUUCUAUUGUUGAAGAGCUAAAUGACUUCAGACAAGAUAUCAAGAACAAGGUUGAUAUUAUUUCUGACAAACUGACUGCUGAAUUAACACAGUUUUCAGAAAACAGUGAGAGGAAAUAUAGCACAAAGGUUAAAGAAUUAGAUGAUAGAAUCGCUGCCAUUGACAAUGAAUUGAGCAUUUUUACAACCGUUUUUGAAAAGGCAUCAAAUGUUCAGAUAAUGGCAACGAUGAAGGAACUUGGUAAAAAAUCUCCUUUGCAUACCAAGUUUACAAAUCAUUUCACUAACAACUACUUUCAUUCACAUCUAACAUCAACUGUUAGUAAAGAACUAGACAACAUCGAUAAUGCCUUAGAAAACUGUAUGGUGUCAACAAUCAGCCAACAAUGUGAAUUCACAUUAACCUGUAAUCUGCUGCCUAGUGUCAAGUUAAAAUUAAUAUCUGAAAUCAAAAAGGAAAAACGAAACAAUGAAGCAUGCUUUUCUAGCAAUGGAUACAUUUUUGUAUCAGAUUUUUUUUCAAAAUGCAUUGAGGUGUACACUAUUGACAGUAGAAAGUUAAUGACACUCCAGCUUCAAUAUUCACCAUAUGAUUUAGCUUCUGAUGGACAUGGCUAUAUUGCUUUACUUAAUGAUGAGGAUGGAACCAUAGAAUUCUUAAACGAAAAUACACUCAUGAUUGAUCAAAAGUUUCCUAUAAACACGAACUCGGGAGGUAUUUCACUGAAUGAAAAGUUCCUUGUUGUAAGACAGGAAAAGGCAAUUGAAUGUUAUGACCGUUUAAAAGGAACGUUAUGCAUGAAAGUUGAAGAAUUACCAGGGCUUGACAGCUCAAGUUAUGUCCAUGUAAACAAAAAAGGAUUUUAUUUUUCAUGUGGUGACAUUAUAUACUUCAAAACAUUUCCAGACAUGCAAGAAGAUGAAAGUGACAGCUUUAUUUAUACUGAUGAUACAAUGGAGCAAGUGGAAGCUGUAGAAACAGAUGAUAAAGGAAAUGUAUAUUAUGCCGAUUAUGAAGCUGAUAAGAUUGGCCUGAUGUCAUGUGAUGGUUCAAAAUCAUAUACCUUUGAUGUGCAGGAGGAGUUAAUAAGGCCAAUGGGUCUUUGUUUAAGUAAGGAUCAGAAGUACCUGCUAGUCACAAAUGAUAUGGGUAGUACUAUAUAUGUGUAUGAAAUAGAGAAUGAGGGUUAUUUAGAAGUAGAGGCUGAUGCAAGUGAAAAUGUUGGUGCACAACUCAUUGGGGAAAUGGAGAAGAUCAAAGCCAUGGUUUUAAGCAUGGUACACAUGGUACAGGUACCAGUACAUGGAAAUUGA